GUCGGUCAGAGUGGAGUAGAUUGGACUGCUGCCUGCGUAGUGAUUCUGGGCGCCCCCCCUUUGUUCUGGCACAACACAACGAGCAACACGCAGUUACGCAACGAUAAACCGAGCAAGUCAGAUCGAGUGUAGUAUCAGUGGAUACGAAACUUACAACGAUGGAGGCUCUUAUGAGCGGCCAGUGUGCCUCGCAGAGUCUGGGACCGGCCAACCAGCUGUUUGGGCUGCUCGUGCAGACAAUCCUGGCGGCGCAGUGCACGAUCUCUCCUCCGGAUAUGUGGCCCAAGGAUUAUGGCCCAACGGCCCUUGCGCAGGGGUUGGAUGAGUACGACUUUGUGAUCGUCGGCGCUGGCUCGGCAGGGUCUGUGGUUGCCAACCGGUUGUCGGAGAAUCCAGAGUGGAAGGUGCUGCUGCUCGAGGCUGGCGGAGAUCCACCGAUCGAGUCGGAGAUUCCGGAGACAUUCUUCACCAUUCAGAAAACGGACGCCGAUUGGGAGAAUUAUGUCGAGCGGACCCCGCACGCCAGCAGAGGUUCGAAGGAUGGAGGCUUCUGGCCGCGGGGUCGUACGCUCGGUGGUUGUGGUGCCAUUAACGCCAUGCUGUACGUGCGCGGUAAUUCUCGCGACUACGACAGCUGGGAGGAGCUCGGCAAUCCGGGCUGGGGAUGGAAGGAGGUGCUCCCGUACUUUAAGAAGAGCGAAGACAAUCAGGAUGAGGAGCUGUUAAGGCGCGAUGGUGGCAAGUUCCACGCCAAGGGUGGCUACCUGAAGGUAAGCAACUUCGAGGUGGAACAUCCGCUGGCCGAUAUGCUUCUGUCCGCGUUCGACGAUGCCGGGUUUGAGCGAACCAAGGACGUUAACGGUGCGCGACAGGUUGGUUUUGGCCGGCUCCAGGGGACGAUUAUCAACGGUACACGCUGCAGUCCGGCCAAGGCGUUCCUGGUGCCGGUAAAGGAACGCCCGAAUCUGCACGUCAUCAAGCACGCAGUGGUCGUUACGGUGGAGCAGGAUCCAUCCACCAAGCGGUUCAAGUACGUGAAUUUCCUGAUCGACAACAAGGUGCUGAAGGUGGCACAUGCCCGUCGAGAGAUAAUCUUGGCGGCGGGUGCGAUCAACACGCCGCACAUCCUGCAGCGCUCCGGUAUCGGGCCGAAGUCGCUCCUGAGCAGCGUUAACAUCCCUCUGGUGGCGGACCUACCGGUGGGGGAAAACCUCCAGGAUCAUCUGUUCGUGCCGGUGCUCUUUAAGUUCCACAAAUCGACGGCUCAAAAUUACAACCUGCAGCAGGAGCUGGCCAAGAACAUGUUCCAGUACAUCAUGACCCGCUCGGGACCGAUGGCCGGACACGGCGUGACCAGUGUGACCGGGUUCGUAAACACGCGUCUCCCGACGGAUCCCUUCCCGGACAUCGAGUAUCACUUCUUCCAGUUUGAAAAGGGUUCCGGCAAGUCGGUGCUGUUCUCUGACAAGGUCGGCUACACCGAGGAGAUUUCUCAGUCCAUGCUGGAGGCGGCCACGGAAGCGGACGUCGUGAUGGCCAUCACAAUACUACUGAAUCCUAAGUCGAAGGGACGCGUCACGCUUAACACGGACGACUUCAACGAGUUCAAUCCACCGAAAAUUGUGAGCGGCUACCUCGAGCACCAGGAUGAUGUGGCAGGGGUUCUACGCGGUAUUCGCCAUAUCAAGAAGCUCUUGGACACACCUACGUUCAACGAGCACGAGGGUGAGCUUCAUAGGAUCAAGAUUGCCGAGUGCGAUCAGCUGCCGUACGACAGCGAUGAGUACUGGGAAUGUUACGCGCGUGUCAUGACCCUCACGCUCUAUCAUCCGGUCGGUACAGCCAAAAUGGGCCCAGAUACGGACCCGGAAGCUGUGGUCGACCCGAGACUGCGCGUAAAGGGUAUGGAAGGGCUGCGUGUCGUUGAUGGUAGCGUUAUGCCAAAUAUUGUGUCCGGUAAUACCAACGCGCCGAUCAUGAUGAUUGGAGAGAAGGCUUCGGACAUGAUCAAAGAAGACUGGGGUGCUGAGGCUAAACAUACUGAGCUUUAACACUUUGACUGCCACGCUUGUUUCAGCAGUGUUUUUCUAGUAGGCCAUGCUGUUUUUAGUACACGUUUGUAGCUAUUACAGCUUUUGUGUUUACGUUGUUCUAUUUUGACGUAACAACAAUUUAAAAAUCAUGUCAGCUGGCAAAAAGCAACGAUAGCAAUUACACUCCGGGAGACACUGGCAAUCAAAAAUGAUUACUUAAAUAUUAAUUAAUUUGAGGAACUUCAAACCUUUUAAAAUGAAACUAUUGAGCAAUCACGAACAAAAAGAUUUGAUAUACUCGGUAACUCUCUCAUUCACAUACUUCCUUUUCAAAUACUCCUUUUUGAGCAGCCAUCCAUUUAACAUUUCAUAAAUUUGCAUACUUUGGAUGUCUAAAUAAAUGUUUUCAUUAAA